GCGCGCCCGGGGACCACAGAUCCCGGCGCAACGCCGAGAGGCCAGAUACUACAAAUCCCAGCAUGCCGCGCGCCCCACUCUUCUAACUUAGACUCUGAUGUGCCGCGCAGUGUGCGCAAAUUCGGAAUCCCGCAGGCGGGGAUGGUGGGUUCUGAAUCCGAGACUUAAAACUAGACGAGAAGACCCACUUCAUUCUCACAAGAAGAUGACAACCCACAGAGAAUUAACUUCUGUUUACAUGCAACUCAGAAGUCUUCUGCAAAUCAUGAUCUCAAGGUCAGAGAAUGGCAGGUGAACAGAAACCCUCAAGUAACCUUCUGGAACAGUUUAUUUUAUUAGCCAAAGGUACCAGUGGCUCAGCCCUCACUGCUCUCAUAAGCCAGGUGUUGGAAGCUCCUGGAGUAUAUGUCUUUGGAGAGCUGCUGGAGUUGGCCAAUGUGCAGGAGCUUGCAGAAGGAGCAAAUGCUGCUUAUUUGCAGUUGCUGAACCUGUUUGCCUAUGGAACAUACCCAGAUUAUAUAGCCAACAAGGAGAGCCUGCCAGAACUGAGUACAGCUCAGCAGAACAAGCUGAAACAUCUUACCAUCGUGAGCUUGGCAUCAAGAAUGAAGUGUAUUCCCUACUCUGUGCUGCUGAAGGAUCUGGAAAUGAGGAAUCUCCGAGAAUUAGAAGACCUCAUCAUAGAGGCUGUUUACACUGACAUCAUCCAGGGCAAGCUGGACCAGCGAAAUCAGCUGCUAGAGGUGGAUUUCUGCAUUGGCCGUGACAUCCGCAAGAAGGAUAUCAAUAAUAUUGUCAAGACCUUGCAUGAAUGGUGUGAUGGCUGUGAAGCAGUUCUGCUGGGCAUUGAACAACAGGUCCUGAGAGCCAACCAGUACAAAGAGAACCACCACCGGACUCAGCAGCAGGUGGAGGCAGAGGUUACCAACAUCAAGAAGACACUUAAAGCCACUGCGUCCUCUUCAGCUCAGGAAAUGGAGCAGCAACUUGCUGAGCGGGAGUGUCCCCCUCAUGCUGAGCAGAGGCAGCCUACCAAGAAGAUGUCCAAAGUGAAAGGUCUGGUCUCCAGCCGCCACUAGGACCGGCUGGGGCAGCUGGCACUCACCAGGCCUGGGUCAGGUGGGGAGGGGACACCAAGGGCCUAUUUCCUCCCUUCUCUACCUACAGUGAGUUCCAGACCUGCCCAUCCCCUCACCAGCGUCUCCCCACCCAUUGGUACCGUUCCAGAAAAACCAUUACUCCUUUCCCCACCCACUCCCUCAUUCCUGUUGUUCCCUCAGACUCAGGGGCUCCGUGGAUGCCAUCCUAACAAGGUGGACACUGCCCGCUUCUCUCCAGGAGGUUCUUGUCUCUGUAUGGGCUUGUCUCCCUGCCAGUUUUCUUUUGCUCCAUGUCAUUUUGUCAGGCUGGUCAUAAGCCAAAGGCAGCUUUAACCAGCCCACAGGGAUGACUGCGGAGAAGGCCCCUCUCUGGACAAGGAGGGGGCGUUCCUUCUCUAGCCCCAUGUACCACAGUCCCCAUGAUGGUGCAGGCGCUCUCUAGCCAGGUACCCACAUGCUUGUUUUCCCUCUCCUGCCUUAUCCCUGUUGGCAGCUCCAGUUCAACCAUGGAGGGAUGUGAUGCUGGGCUAUGUUUACUAAACCUUCGGGUUUUCAGCCUCUUAAACCCAGCUUGGAUCUCUCGUUAUUUGGGAGUGCUAGACUGACUAACCUCUGGUAUCUGAGCACAAACAGAGGGUGCUGUGGGUCUGCUGGUGGCAGAAGUGUUUCUCCUAGCUUGGUGUCUUCUGCUGGCCACUCUUCCUGCUGCCUCUGACUGCUCAGCUUUGUUUUGGUGUGUAGGCCCCAGCUGCUCUCUGGGGCUGUCUGCCAGCACUUGUUCUCCCAAGACCUUCCACACUUCUUGGCCGCCCCUGUGGCAGGGGUGGUGGUGUUGGGGCCCCUUAGUCUGGUGAAGGACUGUUGCUGCUGCUUCUCUUCCUUCCUUCCCCUCCUUGGCUGGUGAUCCAGAGCCCUCUGAUGACAGCAUACUCCUGGCCAGAGAAAAGGACUUGACUAGACUUUCUGAACUUGAACAGUUUCAGGUUAUAUUUUAAUUUUUUUUUUUUUUUGUACAGGUUAAUUCUAAUACAUUUCAACAUACUUUUUUCUCCCCUUGUGUCAAUAUUUGUUAUAGACUAAUCGCCGGGGAUUUUUUUACCUGGUUGGAGGGUGGCAUGUGUGUAUGUGUGUGUGUAUUGUUUUGUUUUUAUAAAGGGAGGUGGAAGUCCUGGACUGAUACUAAAGUUCAUUGAGGAAAAAGCACAUUUUAGAACAACAACAACAACAACAAAAAUAAAAGUGUAGAUUUGAUGUAUGUGCCUGGAGUGUGGGGUCCCAUAGCUGGUAGAUCUGGAGGGGUGGGGAGUCGGGUGGUUCAGGAAAAUGAGAUGC